AUGGCUGUUGAAAAACCUCAAAAAAGAGUGAAAAGAACUCCAAAAGAUGUUGCCAUUAUCUUUGGAGUAACUGGUCUUGUUGGAAAACAACUUCUUGAGAAGCUACUUUCAAGUUUCAAAUGGAAAGUUUAUGGUGUAGCAAGAAGGCAAGAAAUGGUUAUGAUCAACAAACCAUACACAAACCCAAAUUACCAUUUCAUUUCAUGCAACCUUCUUGACCCUUUUGAAACACAAAUGAAACUUUGUCACUUAAAUGAUGUGACCCAUGUGUUUUGGGUCACUUGGGCUACCCAAUUUCAACUAGAUAGCAUUGAAUGUUAUGACCAAAACAAAACCAUGAUGUCUAAUGCAUUGGACUCCAUCCUCCCAGGGGCCAAGGGUUUGAAGCAUUUCUCUCUUCAAACCGGGACCAAACAUUAUGUGUCUUUGCAUGGUGGUUCUUUAGACCAUUUUGCCAAAAGGGUCUCUUACUAUGAUGAAAAUAGUCCAAGAGUUGAAACACAAAAAGGGUGCAAUUUCUAUUAUGGUCUUGAAGAUUUGCUUAAGGAGAAGUUAGCUGGUGAGGUUCCAUGGUCGGUUCACCGGCCUGGUUUGAUCAUAGGAAGUUCUCAAAAAACUUUGUAUAACUUCAUGGGAAGUUUAUGUGUUUUUGGGACUAUUUGUAAGCAUUUGAAUCUUCCCUUUGUUUUUGGGGGAAGAAAAGAUUGUUGGGAGGAGCAAUUCAUUGACAUUUCAGACGCCAGGCUUGUGGCUGACCAACAAAUUUGGUCAGCCACAAACGAUUUGGUCCAAUCAAAAAGCGGGCAAGCGUUCAACUCGGUAAAUGGAGAUAAUUCAACGUGGAAGGAUAUAUGGGGUGCGAUAGGGGAGAAGUUUGGAGCAAUAGUGCCUUUGGACAUGUUGUCAGAGGAUUUUACAUAUUCAGGGUUUAUGAGCGAUAAAGGGAGUGUUUGGAAAGAGAUAGUGAAGAAAGAAGGUUUGGUUGAGACCGAAAUGGAGGAUUUGGCUAACUGGUAUUUCUUGGAUGCUUUGUUUCGUUGCCCGGUGAAGAUGCUAGGGACAAGGGAGAAAGCAGACCGACUUGGGUUCACGUUGAGGUAUCAUGCACUCGAUUCGAUCUCAUAUUGGAUUGAUGUUAUGAGGAAAGAAAAACUAAUCCCAUGA